AUGGCACCUAGCGUAGACAAGCUUAGUUCAUUGCCCUACUCUUUACUCUCCAGCAUUGUUUCCUUGAUACCGUUCAAGGAAGCGGUAAGAACCUCAAUCCUCUCGAAAAGUUGGAUAGAAAUUUAUAAGUCUACAUCAAACAUAGAAUUCGAUGAACUGUCUUUUGUGAAUGAUGGUCAAACUUAUCGAACCAAACAAGCCCAAAGAAAGGCUUUUCUGGAGUUUGUGUUGCUUUGGAUUGCUAAUCACACAAAAACUAUUGUGAAUAAGUUCUCUUUGAGAUUAUCAUUGCCUGGGAAAGCUAAGAGAGUUGUGAGGCAGUGCAUUACCUUUGCCACAAAACAUGGGGUGAAGGAGUUGGAGUUGGACUUUUCUGAUCCGACAUUGGAUUGUUAUUUUACUACUAAUUAUAUUAAGCAUGAGGCAUUGUUUGAAUUGCCAACACAUGUUUAUGACCACACUUGCCUCGAAUCUUUGAAGUUGUUUUCAUGCAAUUUUGUUGAGACUGAGUUGAUUCACUUUCAUGCACUGAAAGAAAUUUCUUUGGGUUGGAUGGAAGUGAAACUCACUGCUAUUAAUACCUUGCUGUCAAAUUGCAAGGGUCUUGAGAGUUUAAGUCUCAAGAGGUGUUGGAAUUCAGAUGAAUUUUAUUUAGGAGAGGACAACCCAAGGUUGAGAAAGUUGGUCGUGGACAGAUGCAUGUUUGGAUCUAGUAGUCGUUAUUUCAUAGUCAAUGCUCUAAACUUAAGAUAUUUCUAUUACUCCGGGUUGAAUAAUAAUUUUUUGGUCAUAGACGUGCGUUCCCUUGUGAUGGAAGAAUCAGUUCUUGAUAUCUGCAUUGAGUUUGAACGACAUGCUCUUUUUCUUUACAAACUGGUGGAAGAUAUCCCUAGUGGUUGUGCUUUAACCGUGUGUAAUUACUUUCUUCAGGUUGUUCCCACUGGAGGAUGCUUGCUCCGAAUGCCGCGUAGGUUGAAUGUGAGGAGUUUGACAAUGAAGACAUCAUUAGAACAAAAUGAGCUUUUAGGAAUUACAUUCUUGCUUAAUAGAUGUCUUGAGUUAGAGCAUCUCACUAUCGAGUUAGGUCCUCCGAAAAAAUAUUUGGAUUAUGAGUUACCCGUCAACUUUGAGGCUGAGAGAUUUUGGACUUGUUCUGGGAAUGAACAUUGA